AUGGCCAAGGGCGGAGGCUCCCAGCUGUCGCAGCUCAAGUCCAAGCUCCACAGCUCGGGCGUCACAGACCGUCGUCAGCUCUCCAAAAAGUCGCGCUCGCGCAAAGGAGGCCAGGACGAGAAGGACGUUGCUGCGGCUCGUCUCAACAAGAUCAGCUCGAUCGUCUCCGGACUCAACCCGUUUGACCAGAAGGUGACCAAGCCCAAGCAUGAGGUGCUCGGUCGCAAGAUCAAGGGCGCCGUCGGUCGACCCGGCGCAGCCAAGGCUAGCGGUCUCGCACAGAGAAGAGAGGCUCUGCUGCCAGAGCUGCAGAGCCGCAACCGCACAAGCACCUUUGUCGACCGCCGAUUCGGUGAGAAUGACGCCAACAUGACUCCCGAAGAAAAGAUGCUCGAGCGUUUCGCCACCGAAAAGCAGCGAAGGGCGGCCAAGGGAGCCGCCUUCAACCUCAACGACGACGACGAUGUCCUCACUCACUACGGACAGUCCCUCAGUGGCCUCGACGAUCUCGCGGACAUCCGCCUCCCAGAAGACGACGACGAAGAGGUCAACACACAAAAGCGCGCUGACAAGCGCCAACCCAUGACGGUCAAAAGAUUCUACUGGAGAUUUCUGAUGGCAACCCCAAGCGCACUGUCGACCUUGUUCUCGUUCAUCCUCGAGACGUUCUCGCACCAGCAGAGCAGGAUGAGCAUAAUUGUACUAACGCACAUGGCAUGCUUCCUUCUUGCAGAUCCAGGACGGCUCACGGCUCAAGAUCAUUUUGGCGGCUUCGGCGAGAACGAGGACGGCGAAAAGUCCAAGGCGGACGUGAUGCGCGAAGUCAUCGCCAAGUCCAAAUUCCACAAGAUCGAACGUCAGAAGAUGAAGGACGCCGAUGAAGAGCUGCGAGAGCAGCUAGAUGACGAGCUCGCCGACAUCCGCGGCCUCCUUUACGAGCAGCAGGCCGUGCCAACACCAGCACCAGCUGCCGACCCCAAGGCCAAGGCCAAGCUCUCGGUCUUCCCCGGGCCCGCCACAGGAGCCAACGCCACUGCGGUCGCGGGCGCCAGUACCAGCGCUGUCGAAGGCGACGAAAAGCCGGCCAGCUCGUACGACACCUUUGUGCGCGAACUUGCCUUUGAGCGCAGGGCCAAGCCACAGGAUCGUCUCAAGAGCGAAGAGGAGCUCGCCGCCGACGAAGCACAGCGUCUGAUGAAGGCGGAGAAGGCGCGUCUGAAGCGAAUGCGCGGCGACAGCGACGACGAAGGUGACGACGAGGAUGCCGAGACAGGUGGCCGUCGCAAGCGCAAGAAGGGCGCAAGCUCGACAUCAGGACCCAAGCGCGCCGCACAGGCCGACGACCUCGAUGACGACUUUGAGCUGGACGGCUUCACAGCUGGCGAGGUGUAUGGCCUCGGUGCCGGCCUUGCCGAGAGCGGUACUGUCGACGAAAGCGAUGAUGAAGAGGAGGAUGACGACGAAGACGCAGAGAAUGACAGCGACGAGGAGGAUGCCGACGGGCAAUCCGCUGCUUCGGGCUCUGCCGAAGAGGACGAGGCCGAUGAUGACGACGAGGAUGAUUUCGCCGACCUCGCGGAUGCAGACGACGCCAUCCAAAUUGGCGAGGACGAAGAGUCGGAGCAGGAGGGCGACCACGAAGCGAUUACUGGCGGUACCCAGGCAGCGUCUUCCAGCAAAGUUAGCAAAGCCAGCUCCUCCUCCUCCAAGGCCAAGUCGGCACCUGUCACAGCCACCAAACUGCCCUUCACGUUUCCGUGCCCUGCGACGCACGACGAGCUGCUCAACCUUCUGGAGAAGCACGAGAUCGAGCCCAAGAACAUCCCCACCGUGAUCAAGCGCAUCCGCACUCUGCACCACGCGAGUCUUGCCGAGGACAACAAGUACCGUCUGCAGGCGCUCAUCGGGGUGCUCAUCGACCAUGCCCUGCACUGGGCUGGGCAGGCACAGGCCCACCAGGCCGACACGGGCGAGAAGCACAAGCUAGCGUUCGCGAUUGUCAACUCUCUCAUCCCGCACAUCUUCAGCCUCUCGCAGAGCUACCCGGCCACGGCGGCCGAGCACUUUGUGGGCAAGCUGGCGCUCAUGCAGCGCAACCUUUCGCGCGGUCUGGCAAAGGGUCCCACCGAUGCCGACGCACGCACCUGGCCCGGGCUGGCGGAGCUGACGCUGCUCAGGUUGGUGGGCACCAUCUGGCCGACUUCGGACAAGCAGCAUGCUGUGACGACGCCGCUGGCGCUGCUGGUCGCGCAGUACCUGGGUCAUGCGCGCAUCCGCUCCGUGAGCGAUCUGGCGUCGGGACUUUUCCUGUGCUCGCUCGUGGUCUCCAACGAGAAGGAGAGCGCAAGGUUGUUCCCCGAAGCACUCAACUUUCUCUUUUCUACCAUCGCCAUCCUUGCCCCGCUGGACAGGCAGGGGCUGGCCAAGGUGCGCGCCGCGGCCGAGGAGUAUGGCAUCCCGACACCGGACGUGGAUGCUGAGCACUCGCAGCACUUGCGUCUCGAGGAAGACAGCGCCGUCGAGGCAGCGCAACAGCCCGUGGACCUGCCGAGCCUCAUCACCGCCAAGAAGCAAGACGCGGAUGCACACCAACGAGCCGAGCUUCUCUCGGUGGCCCUCGCCCUCACGGCUGACUUUAGCACACUGUACGCCGGCUCAACUUCGUACGUGGAGCUGUUCACACCGCUGUCUGUUUUGAUCUCGACGAGCUCGUCGACAUCGGGUUCGACGGUCGGUGCGACACUGGUGCGACAGUUGAAGAUGGCUUUGUCUUCGCGCCGCUUCCUGCGUCUGCAGGCGCACCGGGCGAUUGCGAUCGCCUCGCACGUUCCCAAGUUCGACCAGCAGGGCUACAACCCGGACCGCAAGUCGGCGCUCGACCCGGACGUGGAGCGCGUGCAGAUCCAAAAGAUGAAGGCGCUCAUCAAGAAGGAGCGCAAGGGCGCCAUCCGCGAGCUGCGCCGCGACAACCAGUUCAUCGCCGAGGUGCGCCGACAGGAACAGGCAGACGAGGACAGCAGCUACAAGAACAAGAUCAACAAGAUCAUGUCCACGCUCCAGGUGGAACGGAGCGAGCAGAAGCAGCUCGAGCGCGCCAAGGCCAACAUCAAGCGCAGAGCAGGCAAGAAGUGA